AUGAAAAAAAAUCGUUUUGUAUCAUCAUCUCGCCGAAAAGCAAGAAAACGUUAUUUUCAAGCUCCAUCACAUAUUCGACGACGUUUAAUGAGCGCACCACUCAACAAAGAAUUACGUCGACGUUAUGGUGUUAGAAGUUUACCAAUACGAAAAGAUGAUGAAGUUGCAAUUACAAGAGGACAUUUUAAAGGACAGCCAUCUGGUAAAGUAACACAAGUUUAUCGAAAAAAAUUUGUCGUACAUAUUGAACGUAUAACACGCGAAAAAGCUAAUGGAAAUACUGUUCAUAUUGGUAUUCAUCCGUCAAAGGUUCAAUUAACAAAACUAAAAUUAGAUCGUGAUCGAAAACGUAUAUUGGAUCGUCGUUCAAAAUUAAAACAAACGCCAAAAGGAAAACAUACAGCCGAGAGUAUCGCACAAUCAUCACAAGAAGCACCGAUGGAAAAAGAAAAUUCAAAUUACCGAUUUUAUCCGGAUGUAAUUGAUGCGUAUAAUGUGUUAAAUUCAAUUCAGUCGUUGUGUAAUAAUAUUAACUUUGAAAUUAUAUCAAAAACGUUUAAUGUAUUAAACGAUGCUUUGGAUCAAAUGGAAGAGAUGAUAAAGUCAUCUUCAUCAACAAAUGAUGAAAAGCAUACGUCAACGAUCGUUGUUUUAACUGGUGGAAAGAACACUGAAGACGUGGCACUCGGGCGGCAAAAGCGCGAUACAACAACAACCGUUGAGAAUGUUGUUAUUUCAGACAAAGGUUGUAUGUUCUAUGCAGAAAAACUUUAUUUGGAAAACAUCGUCAACAAACAACCGCUGAGUUAUACAUUAGAUGUCACCGCAAGUAGUUGCACUGUAAAUAAUGAGCCUUUAAGCCGCAACUCAACGGAUAGUUCAGCAGUAUUAUCUCUCAAAUGGAUAUCAGACUCCGGAGAUACUGCUGUACAGAUGAGUCUUACAGCCUAUAUGAUUGGACGUUAUUGGUAUUUUGAUUCUAUUAAAAUACCUGAUGGUUUAUUUCGUUAUUUUGCGUAUGGUAUGCAUGACAAUAUGCAAACACCAGCAGAACAUUCAUAUGCCUGUAAUAACGCAACAUUUGUGAAUUUCAAUAUUACAGGAAAAAGUGGUACAUAUAAUUUUCAAAAUAAACUAUGGAUUUCAAACAUGCAAUUUCAGCCAUUCAACUCAUCAUUAGUACAACAACCUAUUAGUGUUAUUGGUGCACAUGAUAUGUUUUUAAUAUAUAAAAUUGUUCAUUAUGAUUAUGAAAAAACAUUAACACCAAAAGUAAAACUAAACGGAAUAAAUAAUUGCGAUAAACAAUGUUUUCUAAAUUUAUGUUCUCAAAAAUUAAUUUUACCAUCAUCAAAUACUAAUCAUUUAUUGACGUUAUAUAAUAAUUAUUUAAAACGUGCAGGAUUGAAAGAUUUAAUUGAUCUUUAUUUGGAUACAGCAACAAAUCGAUCAUCUAUUCUACUGUCAAGUAACUAUUGUUCGUAUUCAAAUGAAUUAGAUUAUUUAUUAUUGAAACAGGCAUUAGAAAAGUAUGAUAAGUUCAAGAUAAUCAAAUUGAAUGAGAAAAUUGCUACAAUAUCGACGAAAGAAAAUAUAUUCAGUAUGAUAAAUGAGAAUGUUCAAGAACAUGAAAAUGGUCAACUGAGUCGCUUUUAUAUUCGACACACGAUAUUAACAUAUUUGUCUCUGUUGCUUGAUACUCGGAAUGAGCAUGCUCUUGUGCAUGCAUUAUUCACACCGAAUCGUACAAAUAUUGAUCAUCAAACAAUAAUUGAUUUAAAACAACUAUCAAAUGGGAAAAAUUUGUCUAUUUAUCAAAUAUUAUUAUCAUUUGUUAGACGAAAAGAAUUGUUGUUACUAAAUUUGAACAAAAUAAAAAAUGAAGAUGAAAAUGAUAGAAUGAUGAUUCUGUUAGAAAAAUAUUAUAUUGGUAUCAAAGAGUUUAUUGAUUUUAUUGAACAAUUGCAAAUGAUUAUUGAUGAAGGAGAUUCUCAAAAUGAACCAGAUUACUUUGUACGGCUUUGUCUCUGGCGUUAUGUUGAUAUUCAAGAAGAAACACAUUCUCUUAAAGGGGUGGCAGGAUUCCUUAUAGGAUCUGCGUCAGCCGGUGGUUCAUUAUGUGGUCGAAAAUUUUUACGUUCACUAUCGUAUUUAUGUGCUAAAGAAACUAUUGCUAUUCCAAUUUUAUUCAACAAUGACAAAGAUAAUAAUGAUUAUUAUGAAAGUCCGUCAACUGACAUAAAAAAAGCUAUGUGUUACCGUUUACUAAGAAGUCCUUUGACACCAUUAGCUGAUACCAUCAUAUCUGUUAUUGGUAAAGAUGAAACUGAAAAACAAACUUGUAUUAUCGUAGAAGAUAAAUCUAAUGUCGAGUCCGUUUUUUUGUGGAAUCAUUCUCAUACAUCGUCAGAUACCAUUAAUCAAAAUAUCAAAGAACAAAUAACAACAAUCAAAAAGGAUAAUCGUUUUGUAAAACGUCGUAAAUCUCAACGUUGUCUGGAUUUGUCAACAAUUUAUGAGACAAGUUUUGAUUUAUCACUAUCUAAUAUCGAAACGACAUCAACAUCAACAACAAUAACUAUUGCAACUAUAUCAAAAGAAACAAUAACAACAACUGAUGAUAAUAGUCGUCAACCACUUAAAGAAUUAGAUUUAAAUACAUUUGACCUUAGUAGUGAUCAUAUGAAGCUAAUUGACACAAAAAUAGUAGCUAAUGAAAAAGAAAAUUUUUAUAAACGUUCACAUGAAGAAGUUUAUCCAACAAAUCCGUCCAAAAAACAAAAAACAAUAAAGAAGGCUCUAACAAAGAAGCCAAUUCCGUCCGGUCAAAAAUUGAUAAAGAAUUAUUUUAGUAAAACAUAA